AUGGGUCAUGCAGUGCAAGCCCCGGCCAUGGCUGCCAAGAGUUCGCUAGCGAGCCACACUCUGCUUUCCUCGCUCGCAACUCCCUGCGGUCAGCAGCCCAAGUCACGAAGUGUACGACAGUCGACGCCCACUGCGCCAGCACCGUCAGAGACCCGAUGUAGUCCGAAAUUAACGACGCCGUUUCUUCCCGCGAAGCCCUCUCUUCUUCGCCAGUCGCACGUGCGACAUUCCACCGCAGUCCACGCCUGUCGACCGCUGCUCGUGCCGCCAUCGUGCAGCGGACAGGCCUUCCAUACUUCCACUGCGUCAUCUAGACCGUCCGUCCCUAGCCACGCCUCGAGCCAGGCGGUCAGCGACUCUUUAGACAUCGACGAUGCUCCGCGCGAGGAGUCGCAGCAGGGCGCCGCUCAUCCCGGCAGGGAAUUGUUGCUCGGGAAGCGGUCGCGCUCUCGGUCGCACGUGGCGAGAGCUCUGCCGAUCUCGAUACACGAUGUGGAAGGGCCACUCCGCGACAUGCUGUUCGCGACGAUCGGCGCCGCGACGGCUCUCAUGGCGUCGGGGUGCAUCGCGUGGCUGUCGAAGCGAAAAGAGUCCAAGGUGCUCGCGGAAGCCAAGGAGCGGGGGCCCGCUGCGUUGCCUGAGGUCCCGCCGGCGGCGGAUCCCAACAGCACAAUGGGCGGCGCGAUGGGCGGCGCGGAGGUGGGCGUGGGCGGCGGCAAGGAGUCAGUGGAGUGGGUAAACAUGGUGCUGCAUAAGAUGUGGAAGGUGUAUCGCCGUUCCAUCGAGGCAUGGCUUGUUGGGCUGCUACAGCCGGCGAUUGAUACGCUCCCGCUGCCCGCCGUCGUCACGCGCGUCGAGAUCGCCGAGUUCAGCUUGGAUUACGAGCCGCUCGCCGUCCGCAACGUGCAGCGCCGCGCCAGCCGACGCGCCAACGACCUUCAGUACCACGUGGCGCUGCGCUACACGGGCGACGCGCGGUGUCUGCUGCUGCUGCACCUGCGCGUGGCGGGGGUGGACUUCGCGGUGCCGGUGGGCGUGCACGACCUGGACGUGGACGCGGAGCUCUGGGUGAAGCUGCGCCUCACGCCGCGCAAGCCGUACGUCGGCACGCUCUCCAUCGCCUUCGUGCGCCUGCCCACCAUCAAGCUCGUCCUCGCGCCCUUCCGCAUCGUCAAUCUCUUUGCCAUUCCGUUCCUCUCCAGCUUCCUCUCCAAGCUACUCACAGUCGACCUGCCACGUCUGCUCGUGCUGCCACGUCAUAUCACCUUCGACUUCCUCCCGGCUGGGGAGGACCCCCAGCAGCACAUGGCAGCUGCAGCGUCCGCGAUGGUACUGGAUCUGCUUAAAUCGGAGACGUUCACGGGGCUGGCGGGGCAGCGGCCGUCGUCAGCGGCGUCAGGGCUCGUGCCAACGCGCAUGGAGCCCAGCGACUCGUUCGUGGGGGAGCUUUCUGUCACCCUCUGCGAAGCGCGCAAUCUGCCAUCUUACGGCUUAUCAGUGUGGAGCAAUCCGUACUGUCGGUUGAUGGUGGGCGAUGUGAUGGUGGAGAGCAAGCGCAACAGCGAGACGUCUCACCCGUCGGGGGCGAGGGACCCGGUGUGGAAUCAGGACUUCCACUUCUGGGUGGAGGACCCCGUGGGGCAGAAGCUCACCGUCAUGCUAAGGGACUCCAUGGCGCUCAACCGCAACAUUGGCUUCGUUGAGGUGCCCAUCUGGCAAUUGCAGGACUGUGUACCGCUCUCCAUGUGGUUACCACUGUUACAAGACGGCCCCUUUGGCGUCAAACCAGCAGCUCAGGGCGAGAUCCGCAUUCUCCUCACCUACAAGUCAUAUGUGGACCGGGACGAAUCCUCCACGUUUAGUAACACUGGUGGUAACGCGGUAACAACCGCCAUUCCGGCGCCCACCGCCCCUAUCGCUUACAUUAAAGUGUUUGGAGAGAGUGACUCGGACAGUGAUAAGGGGACGGCAGCGGAGGGAGGGGCGGAGGGGGAGGUGGAUGAGGAGGCAAUGCAAGCACUGCAGCAGGAGCGAGAGCAGAAGGGACUGGAUAAGAUGGUGGAGGAAAGUAUCACUGAGGUGGUGGCGAGUAAUGAGGCGGAAGUCAGGGCAGAGGGGGGCGAGGGGAGCAGUGCAGGGAGCGGUGAGGGGAAAGUGGAGGAGAGGAAACCAUCGCUGGUUAGUGUGGCAGGAGUGGUGGGGUCAGGGGCGGUGGCAGCUGUGGGUGGGGUGCUGAACGGCGCAAAGGGGUUGGCGGUUGGCGCGGCAGGGGCAGUGGGAGGAGCAGUAGGGGCAGCAGGAGGGGCCGUGGCUGGAGCAGCAGGGUGGAUGUUUGAGAGUGUGAGGGGAGUGCUAAGGAACAGGACUAGUGAUGAGGUUUAUGCUGAUCGGGCAGGAGAGGAGGAGGAAGGGAAGAAUGCUGUUCAUGACAUGUCUGCAGCUGCUAGGGACGGAACAGGCUCGGAUGUCGAACCUCAGAUUCGCAUCCGAGCCUUCCCUGUGAGUGACUGGUCGCCGCCAAAGCAGCAGGGCAAGGCUGAGCAACGCGCGACAUACGAGGCGGGUGAGUGGGAUGAGGUUCGGCAGGAGCAGAGCGAGGCUCGGUUGACGGAGUGGGAUAUAGAGAACACAGCAGAGCGGCUGUGGCGGCUGGAGGAGAGGCGGAGGAGGAGGGAGCUGAGAGCACAGCGGGCAAACACUGAUGCUGAUGGUGCUGAGACGGGUGGGAAGGUCAACGGCAAGCCGAAUGGGAGGGUGGUGAACGGCGGGGCAGCAGAGGGAGCGGAGGAGAGGGGCAGGUCUGAUGCGUUCGGGUCAAUGAACGGCGCCAUUAGCGAUUUCUUUGACUCCAUGAACCGCCAAUGA